AUGAAGAUUUGCCUAUGGAAUGUAAGGGGAGCGUGUCGAAAGGAUUUUUUUCCAGCUGUAUGGUCCAUCAUUGAGGAGCAGCACCCUCAUGUUUUUGUUUUGUUUGAAACCCAAAGUGAUGAUUACAGAGCGAAAGAGGUGAUGUUUCAGUUGAAGUUCAAUGAUUAUCGAGUGAUCCCCCCUAAUGACAAACGUGGGGGUAUUUGGUUACUUUGGAAAUACGAGGUGUACUUGGUUUUAUUCACGGCGGAGACAAGUCACUUCCAUGUGCUCUUUCACUUCAAAAAUAUCCAACAGGAGGUUCUUGUUACGGGAAUGCAUGCACCGAGUGUUCCGGGAAUGCGUCAUCAACUGUGGAGAAAUCAAAGUCGUGAUUUUACAAAUUUCGUGGAUGCGGCUGGAUUGAUUGAUCUUGGAUUCAGUGGUUGCCCUUUCACCUGGACCAACGCUCGUGAUGGUAUUGAGAUGAUUAAGGAGAGGUUGGACAGAGCCCUUGCUAGCCCUAAGUUACUGGAUCUUUUCCCCCAGACAAAGUUGUUGCUGGCCCUUUCCCCUUUAGAUGUAAAGAAGUGUGGAUGGAACACCCUACUUUUGGAUUUGAAUGAUAUUUUUCGCAAAGAAAGGCUAAUUUGGGCCCAAAUAGCAGGUCUAAACUGGCGAAAAUAUGGGGAUUACAACACUAAAUAUUUUCAUUUACUAGCUAAAAUUAAGAAAAGUAGGGGAAAGAUUCUGGCUCUUAAGAAUUCUAAUGGGGAUUGGAUUACUAAGUUAGAGGAUCUUAAAAAUUUGGCAACUGGGUUCUAUGAAAACCUGUUUGCCACUACCAUGGAUUUUAGUAGUCUCAAGUCAAUCACUUUGAAUCAUAGUACCUUGUCUGAUGCUAAUAGUAAUAGGCUUCUAGAGCCCAUUACCAUAGAGGAGGUUAAGGCCAACUUGUUCCAAAUGGACCCUAUAAAGAGUCCAGGCCCAGAUGGCAUACAACCAAUUUUUUUCCAGAAAUUUUGGGCUGACUUGGGGGGAGUUUGGUUGAUUUCUGUGCUCAUUGUUUUGCCACCUAUACCAUUCCUUCUGAGAUUAAUAGUUCGUACAUAG